AUGUCCAAGCGUCCGGGGGAGGUCAAUGGCGUGCAGCAGAUGCCGGGCAAGCUGCCACGGCUGGACCAAGGGGUGCUGGCUGCGGCGCUGUCGGCUGGCGCCUGCACUGCCGCCAGCCCGCGCCUGCCCAUGCUGAUGUACAAGGAUGGCGAGCCGCUGCGCGACCUGCGCAGCUACUACAGCAAGGACGGCGCCUCGCAGUCGGUGGAGGUGCGCAUCCCGGCGCACUGCCUGACCAGCAACAACCGGCACGUGCGGGCGCGGCAGCUGUGGGGUUCUGACGUGUACACAGAGGACUCGGACCUGGUGGCGGUACUGAUGCACUGCGGAUACUGGUACCACUCACUCACCCACCCGCCGGCGCAGGUGGCGGAGGUGCGGGCGGUGCUGACGCCGCAGGCGCCGCUGGAGCGCUACCCCUCCACCGCCCGCAACUCCAUCCGCUCCCGCGCCUGGGCCGCCCCCGUGGAGGGCUGCUCGUACCGCGUCGACAAGUGCUGGGUGGUGACGCGCAGCGGGACGAGCGUGGACCUGGCGCCCAACCUGGAGGGCGUGCCCGCGGCCGCCCCCACCUUCACCCCGACCCACAUGGAACGCAUCGUCACGCGGUCGGCGGUGGGCGGCGCGGGGCGGCAGCGCCAGGUGCAGGAGGUGACGGUGAUGUUCAACCUGGUCAACGAGCCCUGGCCCAAGUACAACGCGGCGGCGGUGGCGGAUCGCGGGCUGAGGCCCCACGAGUGGACCUCCGCCCGCCUCCACUCCGCGGUCAUGUACCUGGAGUCGCACAGGGAGCGGUUUGAGCUGGCGCACCUGCCCGCGGCCGGCGGCGCGGCCGGCGGCAACGAGGCCGACGGCGAGGCGGCCGGCGGCGCCGCCGCCGAGCGCUACCGCUUCUCACGCUGCAGCCGCGCGCUGCCGGCGGCGGUGAUGCAGAAGCUGGGUUUGCCGCUGCCGGAGGGCGAGCGGACCGUGCUGCACGACGAUCUGGGCUGGGAGGAGAUCGAGUGGGGCAUCAGCGGCGUGAGCAUGCGCGGGCAGCUGUACCCGCUGGUGCGCAUCCACUUCAUCCCGCUGACAGCCAAGACCGCGGCCGGCGGCGGCCAGUAG